UCAGUUCGGUAUAUGUUUUGUACUUCGAUGCAGGUGUGACGUAUUAUUUUUUUUUCUAUAAACAUGUUUGUUUGUAUGAAUGUGUUGCGCUAAAUUAUUGCAGUUUACAAAGGACAUUAAAAAUAUAAUAUAAAUUAGGCGUUAUUAUCCAUAAAUAUCAUAAAAAAUCAUAUAAAAAUUGCGCAUAAUAGGAAUAAAAGAGCAUGUAAAGAUGCAACAUGUGUGAUUGAGAAGUGAACGUUAAAAAGAAUGACGGAUAAGCAAAAAUACGUACAUUUAAAGAAAAUGCCUUAAAUGAAAAUCAGCUGUUUGUGUAAAGUCACUUUUGAAUGAAUUUAUACUUUGUAAUGACGGACACUAUAACGGAAAGUUGGAUGUAUUACAUCUUCGUGUUGCUGACGUUAAUUCCGGUUUAUUUGCUGUUUAAGCUUUUACGGUUUUUUGGUUGGAAACUAUUUAUUAACAACUAAUACGCAAGCUUCGGACAAGUACUAGUAAGUCGCACGCAACGUGUGUGUGCCUGUGCUGUGUAGAAAGAGAAUUUUGUUUGCUGAUAAAAAUGAUAGCCAGCCACCACAUUUAAAGACCAGAGGGUUUUGUGUAAAGCAACCAACGGAUUUCCUGUACUUCUCUAAUGAAAGCAAGUAUCUUUGUCCGCCGUUCGUCGAUAAAUAAAUGGAAAAAUUAACGCAAUAAUAACAAUGCCAUGCCAUGAAAUACUUUUAAAAAUAUAUAUAAUAGAAAUAAUUGUUCAGAGAAUUUUAAAAUUUACGAACUUCAUAAAAGAGUCUAUAUAAGCAUUGUGUGUGAAUAGUAUAAAAUAUAGAGACACAUUUUGAAUAAGUACUGUGCUGCUGUAACGUUCAUCCUUAAAACUACAUAUAUUCAAUUCAUUGCAAUCGCAAAGUGUUAAGCUCUCAAUAACUUCUCUUUAAAAUUGAAUCAUUUUAAUGAAUACUUUACAUUAACCAAAGAUCUCUAAAAAAAUGAAUAAAUAAAUAAAUAAAUAAAAUAAAUAAAUAAAUAAAUAAAAUCAAAAGAUUAAUAUAAGGAUCUUCUUUUAACAUUUAUGCAUUUUAAUAUUAUAGACAACUCAUAAUAGUUUCAUGUUGAAAGCAUUUGCUCCGUUAUCCUUGCUAUUAUUAUUAUUCUUCGUUUCAUUCAUUUAGUUUUUUAUUGCCAAAAAAAAAAAAUAAAAAAUAAAAAAUAAAAAAUAAAAAACUUAAAAAUUUAUAUAAAUAACGAAGCGUGCAAAAUCAUUCUUCCGCGCAAAUUCGGAUAAAUAUUAGACAGUAUUGUCAUCGCAUUUAUAUUCAGUGCAGCUAAUGAGUGCAACAGUGUGUAUGUGUGUGCAGAGUAAUAGAGAUCGAGCAUCGAUUGCUUUAUAUGUGUGCAUAUAUAGAAACAAUAGAUAGUGCUUUGACGCGCUUAAGUUUAUGAAAACUUGAAUAUUAAAAAAAAAAAAAUAAUAAUAAUAAUAAGAAAAACAAUUAAAAAAUCAAUAAAUAGAUAAAU